AUGAACCAAGAAACGACAACAACAACAUCCUCAUCACAACCCCCCACCACCAAAAAGCCCAGCCGCCAUGAAAAAGGCAGCAAAAAGGCACCCCAGAAAACCUUCAACCCGCUCCAAAUCGGCAUCCAAGACUUCGUGACAAACAACAUUUCCCCAGAAACACUUUCCCAGUAUGGCUUCUCAUCAGAGACCCUACAUUCCAGUCUUCCAAAACGCUUUACAGUCUACGAGCCUAUGCUGCUCCUCCCCGUGAACGCCUUCAGCAGCCCCCCAGCCUGGAGCGCUCUGUACCAAUCCCUAACAGCCCCGCAGCAACAGACCCUCUACGCCUCUCUGGUAAAGGCAUUCAGCCGCAUGGGCGUAACGCACGUUGCUAUCAACGCGCCCAUCGCGCUGACAGACACACAAGGCCAGGAGAACAGAAUGCGCAGCCCCGCGGGUCUCGUCCCGCUCUAUGGUGACUUUGGACCUCCUCCUCCUGCUGCUGCUAGUACUGCUUCUUCCUCCGCCGAGGAAGAGGGCCAGCCGAGCGACGAGGACCUGGAACGGGCGUUCUGGGUGCACACAAUGCAGAAUCAUGGGAUUGUGCAGAUCUGGGCGCCGCUUUAUACGAUGUUCUCCCGUGGCAACGUCACUGAGAAAGCGCGGGUUCUGGGCCAUGGGGCAUCGCCUUUUGAGGGGCUGGAAGUGGGCCAGUUGGGCGGGCAGGCUGUGUCGGACGUGGGCGUUGUGGAUAUGUAUGCUGGGAUUGGGUAUUUUGUAUUUUCGUAUUUGAAACGCGGGGUGAGGCGGGUUUGGGGGUGGGAGAUCAAUGGCUGGUCGGUUGAGGGGCUUCGACGGGGGUGUGAGGCGAAUGGCUGGGGAUGUAGGGUUGUUAGGGUCCGGGAGGAUGGGGGAUUGAGUGAGGGUUUGUUGGACUUGGUGGGUAGUUUGAAGGAUACUGAUCGUGUCGUUCUCUUUCAUGGGGAUAAUCGGUUUGCGGCGGAGAUUUUGGGGGAGAUUCGUCGUGUGAUGGAGGAGAAGGGCGAGUGGAAUCGCAUUCGUCAUGUCAAUUUAGGGCUUCUUCCAACGUCUGUUGAUGCGUGGGAGAAUGCGUGCAGGAUGGUGGAUGCGCAGUUGGGGGGUUGGGUCCAUGUGCAUGAGAAUGUUGACCUGCGCGAGAUCGAGCAGAAGAAGGAGGAUAUCACCGUCGAGUUUGGGAGGUUGCGGGCUGAAGCUCUUGGAUUGCAGGAUACUAUUGCAUCGGCUGAAUGCCGACAUGUCGAACAGGUCAAGACUUAUGCACCGGGGGUUAUGCAUUGCGUCUAUGAUAUGAAGCUGCUGGCUUGCAGUGAGUUGCAGCAGAAGACCGCUGGUUGA